AUGUCGAAUUUGUAUGGGAUAAUGACCAGGUCAUCCGUUCUCCAGGUUUCUUCUGGUGCAUCACGAAUUCAGGUCAUCAAUGCCUCUCCUACAGAGGGCGCACAAUACGCAAUUCCAAAUGCCCCAAAGUGUCCACAGCUCUGCGACAACAAAGCCGCAGCGACUAAGCCUGAUCUCCUUUCCUCUAUUGCCGAGGUUGUACAAACCCCGUUACCACCGAAGGCCAGCGAAACCCCAAAAGAGUUCUCGAACACUGUCGCCAGUUAA